AACAAAACAAACAUAACGGUGAGACCGAACCGAACGACGGGUGUUGUCUACCUACCUACUUACCUACCACAAGGCUGUUCCCCGUAAACGUUGUCGACCCGUCCAGAGUGUUUCAUCGACAACUCCUUACGUAUGAGUCGUUCCUGUUUGGUAGUUACGACGCUCUUGCUGGCGGUGCUCGUUGCUGUGAGCCUGCCAGGCUCGACGGAUGCCUUUGGCUCGGUCCGGAUCGUCGUUCCAAGGACCAGUGUUCCCAUGCAAUCAACAAUACCGCCGUUACCUUACCGGAGCAGUUUAUCGUCAUCCAUGGCCACGGCUGUGAAUGGAGGAGACUCGUCCACUGCUUCGACGGCGAACGGUGCACACGAUGAUGCGAACAACAACGAGACGUUCACUCCCAACCUCAACAUUCGUCUGAACGUAUCGGAAAAGGCCCGGACCGUGACGAGUGUGUGCGUCUCCGGGACCCUGUGUACCGUAUCAGUACACGAGGGUAUUGCGGGAGCUCCCUUUGGCUCGUUCGUCGAUUACGUACUGGACGAUCAAGGUAAUCCGGUCUUGCUCAUGAACGAAAUGAGUAUGCACACUAUCAAUAUUCAAAACGCGGCACAAACCCUCCUCGAUGCCAGUGGCACAGCCAUUGGACCGGGCCCGUCCAUGGUCACGCUAUUUACCCAGCUCGGUUCCGGGACGACGUCUCUCAGUCCGCCGCGGACCGCGGCCGGCGGCGCCAGCGGUACCGCCAAAUCCAACAAUCUACAGGACGUUUCACGUUGUUCGUUGACGGGAACCCUGUACAAAAUCGACCCCGCAGUGGAUUCGGACGUCGAUGCCAUCCGUAUGCGGUACUCACUGACCCACACCUACGCCGACCAAGUCAUGGACAGUCCCAAAUUUGCCUUUUACCGAUUGGUACCGGAAAAAAUAUACUUUGUGGGCGGCUUUGGCGUCAUGGCCAAGUGGGUGGAUCCGGAAGACUACGCCGCGGCCGCGCCGGAUAUUCUGGCCAAGGAAGCCUCCGCGAUCGUGGCCAAGCUCAACCGUGAACACGGGGAAGACUUGCAAAACACCGCCCGGCAUUUGUUGCGGGUGGAAACCCCGUUGGAAGACAUCCGCGUCACCAACGUGGAUCGACUCGGCGUUGAUCUACGGGUCACGUCCCAAAAGGGAUCCCGACGCAACAAACUGCAAACGGACGAAUUCCGUAUCGGCUUUCGCAUUCCCGUUAUUAGUGUCGAAGACGCCAAAUCAGAAAUCCUCAAGACCUUUCAAGAAGCCUGGGAGAUUGGUAACGGUAUGGAUUGGGGCGAAGCGAACGGGAGCGACGGUGCCGCUACCUCGGUGCCCAUUCUUAAAAUUGCGGCCGACGGUUUGGAAUAAUGCCAGCGCGCAGCCGCCGGCAAGGUAGGGUUAUUGCCCUGGUGAGCGCCAUCUAACGAAAGACGUUCUACUUCUUUUUUUGGAAUGAACCAACACGGGAUAUUGUACUUCGUAGGAGAGCCAUUCGGCAUUGGGACCGUUUGGAAUAGGUGGAAACUAGCGUAUAGAAUAGGGCCAGGGUUUGUCGUAGG